AUGGACCAACAAGGGUCUGGACUGGGGAUCAUCCGACGAGGUGCUGAUGCUGCAGAAGCGCAUAAAAAAUAUCAUAGAGAAGAACACCAGCCUCACAGAUGUGAUCCAGGUGAUUCUCAUCCGCCAGUCCCUUCCCUGCCAACGCCGGCCUCUCCGCAUGUGGAGUUAAAUCCGGAAGGGCCACGAACCUUGAAGCGAUUCUUCGGCACGACACACGAAGCAAUUUGGAAGCUACUUUUCAAGACUCAAAAGUCGUGGCCAGGGACAUCCAAGGGCAUCGGCCUUGACUGCAAUCAUCCACCCUCCCCGCUGGAUGAAGAAGGCAGAGCGGAUCAGAUGUUCAGCUCCAUUGCCCGAAAACCCAGCAGAUCCUCUUCUAAUGAGGAUGCUGGUCCCGGUGCCCUAUCAAGCGCCAGAAAAAAGGUCCAGAAGAAGAACAAGGGAGCCAAAGAUGGCCCCUGCCGCAAAGGUACUUCGGACGCGGUGUCCCGAGAGACCAAUACUCACUCCUCCGAGGAAGAUGAAGACGAAGAGGAGGAGGAGGCAGAAAGCAAUCCUUCCCCGAAGGGGAAGAAGAAGAAGAGGGUGGCCUCCGAAGACCCCGAGGCAGGGGCGUCGAAAAGGGGAAAAUUAUCCCUCCCAGACGGCUCGGAUUCGGACGCCGAAGCCAUCCCCGAGUGGCGCCCCAGGCCGAAGCCCCUCGCCGAAUCCCCGACCCACGAUCUCCCCCAACAAUCAUCGGAGGGGAAUUCUUUAGAUCCGGGGAUGAUGGAGAGCGGGUCGCCUCCGCGAGCCUCCCCGCCAAUCGCCACGGAUGACACCGAAGUGUUGUCCCAUAGGGCCUCUCCGGGCCACGGAGCGGUACGGGAGACCGCCAAAACGGCGCCAGAGGGUAAUGCCUUGGCUGCCGAGAACAUGGGGGGCGCAAUCCCCAUGAAGACCGACGGCGGGGGCCUUGAUCAGUUCGGCCCCCAGUCGAACCCCGUUCUGGAAACCCAAACGGCUUUGCUGUUAGCGGCGACCGCUCAAGCCGCCGAAGUAUCCGAACUUAAACAUAAGCUGGGGCUGGCCGAUGAGGAUCUAGUCCGCAUCAACAAGAGAUUGCAUGAGGUGCAAGGCAGCACGUCUGCGAUUGAGGCCCUUCAGGGUGAACUGGCCCAGGCCAAGGAGCAGGCAAGGAUGAACAAGGCGGCCGCUGAUAAAGCGGCCGAGGACUUGAAGUAUGAACAGGCUGUCCGCUGCCAGUACGAGGAGCGGGUGACCCAAGUAGAGCAGGCGCUCAAGGACGCCGCCGAUAAGUACAAGUCCCUAGAGGAGAAAAGUAAAGCCCAGGCGACCGACCUUGUUGAGGCCCUUAAAGAGGCCGAGGAGGCGCGGGCCGAAUCCUGA